AUUGAUCAGAGUUGGCUUUUAGUUAGUCUGUCAACUUAGUGUAAAUUACAACUCCGUUUAAGGAACAACAGCUUAGCAUGGAUAGUUCGUGGUGCUCCUUGAUUUCCAUAGAAUCUCUGGUGGUGCCCAAUACGCCGAUGGGCUUGCCUGGACUAGACUUAGGUCCAGUGCCAAAGAAAGCCAGGAUGAGUGAGUCCAAGCAAGAGAAUGCAGCGCCCCUGGAAACAGCUAGUGUCUAUAAGAAACAGUCAGCCCAGUUCCAAUCCCUACAAGCGAAGGUACGACCGCACCAGCCUGGUGCAGUGGUAGUCCAGCCACCCAAGCGACUGCCUCCCGAGGCGGAAACCGAUCGCCGGAUGUAUGUACCCCACUUGGACCAGGCCAUCACCCAUCGGGAUGUGUUCAAUUUCUUCAGCAGUUUCGGGGACUUGGAGAGGGUUUGCGUGAAGAACGGCACGGAUAACUUGAACUACGCCAUGGUGCUUUUCUGUCGCACUCGCUCCAUGGAGCAGGCCAUCAAAUCGAAUCCACAUCUGAUCAAGGGACAUCGGCUGAUCUGUCGCAAGGCAAAAGAAAAAUCUACAAACAAGGGAAGUCAACAGAUAAAUAAGCCAAAGUCUACAAUUACACAGCUACUCAAAGCUCCUGUAAUGCAGGCACAGAAAGAUGACUCCAAGCGAGCUGGCCACCAAACAUUGAAGAAGCAUUCAAAGUCACCACGUUACAGGUCGUUGCUUCUUCAAAAAUUGGUAGAACCCAACUCUAUAAAGCUGGUAACCGCCAGCAAAACUGAUAGAAACUAUGCUUAUGCAGUAACCAUGCUGGAUGAAGUCUCCCGCUGGAGUUUCAACUUGUCCAAAUCCAUACCCAGUUUAGACGAGAUGAGGGCACUGGAAAAGGGACUUUCCAGGUCGGCAAAGCUCCUACUGAGCAUGCGAAAGAAACUGACUGCAGUGCCCUGCAUAUCUGCCAUGCCAGAGGCUCCAAAGGGUUCACAAUCUACUACGAGUGGUGCAAGUAGUAAAGCUGUUCUAAAUGAUGAUGGAGAAGUUUCUCCAGAACCUUCAGCACCUCCAGUUCCUCUUGCAUCCGAUCCAAUGCUCCCAUCCUUGCCGCUCCUACUGACCAUCACCCCUCAAGUGCCUCUGCCCAAAUCGGUUAUUCCCGAAUUGGCCAAGCCAGAUCUGCGCUCCGUUGUGCUAUCCAGUUUGGGUCAGAACUACGUCCAUCACUGCUACACAAAUGUGGCAGCUUAUCGGCGGACCAAGAACUACAUCGACCUACUGCCCUGUGAGAUGAUAGAGCGACCCAGUAUUGCGAAGUAUGUGGAUCAGAUGUACGCAGGCAAAUAGUAGGAAUCUUCAAAUGCACAUCAAAUCAUAUCAUAUAGUUAAGCAACAUUUCCCAACAAACUUCUAAAAACACUUUCAUUAAGAGGAAAUGGCUUGCAUUACACAAGUUUGACACUUUUCAAAUUGGGCGAACCCGAAGGAUGUGACUUAGAUUCCAGGAAGAUAUCAAAGGAGCUGCUUGAAUGAAACGUGAACAUAUUACACAAAAAGUUAAUUCCUCUCGCAUUUGAAACCCACCAAAUAAAGGCACUUAAAUCGCA